AUGUCUCCUCAUCAUGCAAAGCAGCAACGGCCAGUGAAGCAGUCGCUGAGCAAGUCACUCUGUAGAGAGUCACACUGGAAGUGCCUGGUGCUCUCCUUCUUAAUGUACGGCUGCAUGGGAGCAAUGACUUGGUGCCACGUAACAAAGGUGACCCGGUUGACAUUUGAUAGUGCUUAUAAGGGAAAGUCCAUGAUGUACCAUGACAGCCCUUGCUCUAAUGGCUAUAUCUAUAUUCCUUUGGCCUUCUUGGUGAUGCUUUAUGUGGUCUACCUGGUAGAGUGUUGGCACUGCUACACUCGCAAUGAGCUCCAGUACAAAGUGGAUGUGGACAGUGUGCAUGAACGUGUCCAAAGGAUGCAGCAGGCCACCCCAUGCAUCUGGUGGAAAGCCAUCAGCUAUCAUUAUGUCAGAAGGACACGUCAGGUCACCCGCUAUCGCAAUGGGGACGCUUAUACUACCACCCAAGUCUACCAUGAGAGAGUCAACACCCAUGUGGCAGAAGCAGAAUUUGAUUAUUCUAACUGUGGGGCAAAGGACAUUUCAAAGGACCUAAUUGACUUGGAGAGUUUCCCAGCUACUCGGCUUCGCUUCACCAAGUGCUUCAGCUUUGCCAAUGUAGAAUCAGAGAACUCCUAUCUGACUCAGAGGGCCCGUUUCUUCACAGAGAACGAGGGACUAGAUGACUAUAUGGAGGCAAGGGAAGGCAUGCACCUGAAGAAUGUGGACUUCAAAGAGUACAUGGUGGCUUUCUCAGACCCAGAAAAUUUACCUUGGUAUAUUUCUCACUAUGUUUUCUGGGUGGCUGCUCUCUUGACUUUGUCCUGGCCCUUGAGAGUCUUGAAUGAGUAUCGCACGUCUUAUGUCCACUACCAUAUAGAAAAACUCUUUGGAUUUGACUCUGUGGCAGUAACACCAGCUGAAGAGCGUCCUUUCUGCCGACGGAUGCCUCGAGUCAACACAGUGGAUAGUACAGAACUAGAGUGGCAUAUCCGCUCCAACCAGCAGUUGGUGCCUAGCUACUCAGAGGCUGUCCUCAUGGAUUUGGUAGGCCUGUCUGGUUGCACUACUUACUCCUCCUGCCACUAUGGCAGUUAUAGGCAAAACUGUGAACAAUGCCAUAGGACUAUAAGUAGCUCUUCCAUCUUCUCCCGUAGUGCUCUCAGCAUCUGCAAUGGCAGCCCCAGAAUCCCCUUUAGCAGCAGUCGCUUCUCUUUGGGCCGCCUGUAUGGCUCCCGGCGCAGCUGCCUUUGGCAAAGUCGGAGUGAGAGCUUAAAUGAGCAAAGCUGUCCAACUGAGCAGACUCGCCUCUCCAGCCAAGUCACCAUGGAGGAGGAGGAACCUCCUCCUUACCAAGAUGCCCUCUAUUUCCCCGUCCUUAUUGUACAUCGAAACGAGGGCUGUCUCAACCAUGAUCACCGCCACCUCCAUCGGAAUGGAUCCUGUGUGGAGACCUCACUCUAAAAGUGUGAAAACCGCUUAAGGGAAGUGCCCUGACUCACAGAUAUGAUGGGUUAGGCAAGAGACGGUUUAGCAGACAAAUACUGGUAUCAACCUAUCUUUGUGAGUCUGAAAGUAUUCCUCACAUCUUCCCUCGAACAGCUCCACAGCUUUUGACUCCAUGUAAUAAACUUGAUAUGGAGCAAUCAAAACCAUCAUCAGAUUCAUGGCACAUAAUUGCAGACUGACAACCACAAGCAAAAAAAUAAAAAAAAUAAAGGAUGGGUGGGGAGGAGAUACUAGGGCUUUUUCUUUCCUGUUCCACCUUCAACUGCCCAGGUCAACUUGACAGUAUCUAGCUGGAUCAAUCCCGACUCACUUUUUUAGAGUUGUAUUUCAUCAGAAGAAUCCAUGACAGUGUAGCUUUUCCUCUCAAGCAAGGCAAGUAACUGCACUGAUUAUCCAGGCAAAGGGACCUGAAAGAAAAGCUACAAGCCAGUCCUUCCUUUUUUCUAGACCAUGCCUCGACUGUUAUAUUGUCCUCAGUGCUGGGGACCAUGAGUUCUUAAGAAUUUCUGAUGUUUCACAUGUCAGAAUUGGGCAAUUUAUGGGUAAAGUUUUAAAUGUUCACAAUACUUGCUCUUUUCUGGUAAUAGAAAGAAAAGAAAAUUACCAAGGAAAACCCGGGCUUUGAUAUAAUGCAGUGUUGAAUUCAAAUCCAAGAGAAGCCCCAAUAGUUAAAAUAAGGCACUGAAACUACCAUGUAUAUUUUAAGCAUGCUAAGAAGUUGUGGAGAUGACUGGGAGUCCUAGGAGAUCCUAAAUGAGAGGAAAUUAGUUGUCAUUAAGUUUCUCAGAUAAGAAAUUUGAUGAUGAGGAAGGAUCUAAGAGAUUCAGCUGCAGGGUUUUUUUAUGAUAAACUCAUUAGUGUGACACUGAUGGAUAUUUGUGUAAAUUGUACUGCAAAUCAAAUCACUUUUCUGCUUCCUGAUGUUCUUUG